AUGGAAGAGAAGAUGUUGAAGCAAAGGAAUAGAGAGUAUGAAACAAAAAGGAGUCAUCCUCGCAAUGUUCACAAGGAUGAUAACAGAGAGAACGGUGAGCAACAGUCGCUGGAAAAUAAGGAGGAAAGUAGGCACGUACAAGAGAGCCUCAUGCAUUUGAAGCAAAAGUAUGAGGAGAUGGUAAAUUUCAGCAGCUCGAGCAGAUUUUGGAAUGCAACUUAUGAGAAUCUACUUACCAGCAACAAGCCUUUCCCCCAACCCAUCCCCCUUCCUAUUAUGUUUGAGACCUUCAAUACUCCAGCAAUGUAUGUUGCUAUUCAGGCCGUCCUUUCCCUUUAUGCUAGCGGUCGUACAACUGGUUAUAUUGGAUGGGAGUUGCUGCUAUUCUACUUGAAAAGUACCAAGAGGGUGCUUGGAUAA